ACAGCACAAAAAGGUUCGAGUUUUGAGCUUAAAUGGAAAGGCAUGUUCAAAAACUGAAGACACGGGUGAAUAAAUCCGCUUUAGCUGAAAUAGUCAGACACAUUCAUCCUCGCCCCUUCAGGUUUACACAAGCGGCAAGUUCAGCAGCUGCUGCUAACAAAAUAUUUCGUCGAGGGUAACGUUAAGGAGGGGUUCAGACUAAAAUACGUGGACACGGUGCACAGCAGGCAUUAACGAGUUCAAACCAACCAUGAGUCAGAGAAAAAGGGGAACGAGGAAAAGGAAAAACGAGGAUGCCUCUGCAGGAGAAAAGGAGGGCGAGGACACCGAGGAGAGAGGACACAGGAAGAACAUCCGCGCAACUAAGAAGUACAUUGGAGCUCAUGUUGGCAUUCAAGGUGGGAUAUGGAAAGCCGUGGAGUCCUGUACAGAGAUGGGUGGCAGCAGUUUCGCCCUGUUCCUGGGCUCCCAGCGAUCGUGGAAGAGGCCUGCAUUGGACCAUACAGCUGCAGCAAAGUUUCAGGAGCUGUGUUCCCAACAGGGGUUUGACCCAGCUCAUAUCUUGCCUCAUGGUUCCUACCUGAUGAACUGUGGAUCUCCUAAAGAGGAUGUGUUUGAAAAGAGCCAGGCCAUGUUGGUGGACGAGCUCAGCCGCUGCAACCUCCUGGGUCUCAGACUCUAUAACUUCCACCCCGGCUCCUCCCUGGGUACCAUCACCACUGAGCAGUGUGUGGACAAGAUUGCGAGCGCCAUCAAUUAUGCUCACCAGCAAACGCCAUCAGUGGUUACAGUGUUGGAGAACAUGAGUGGCCAAGGCAGUACGGUGGGCGGCAAGUUUUGUGAGCUAAAGAGCAUCAUAGACAGAGUGAGAGACCAGACCAGAGUAGGAGUAUGUCUGGAUACCUGCCAUGCAUUUGCAGCAGGAUACGACCUUGCUGCAGAGGGAGGCGUGAAGGCCAUGCUGGAUGAGUUUGACCAAGAAGUGGGGCUCCACUACCUCAAGGCCAUUCAUCUUAAUGACUCCAAAGGUAAACUUGGCUGUAACCUGGAUCGGCAUGAAGAUAUCGGUAAAGGUCACAUUGGAAUCUCUGCAUUUCAAGAAAUUGUCAAUGAGCCCAGACUGGACAACGUCCCUCUGAUCCUGGAGACACCCGGACGGCCUGGAUUUGAAUACGCUGAGCAGAUUGACCUUCUCCAUUCCCUGUGUGAGAAAAGCACUACUGAUGAGUCGGCACUGAUAAACUGAACUCUGCAAACGCACUGUUAGCUGUGAAGAGAAGAGUUGUUUUUGUUUUUUGUCUAGUACCAAAGUGGAGGACUGACCUGUUGUGUUAUCUCUAAAAACGGUCAUAUUAUUAGUCGUUCACCACAUGAACAGUUUCUCCAAAUUACAAACCUCGUCUGAAUACGAGUUAAAUAAAGGUGAUGUUGGAAGUUUUUAUAUGGCGUGGGGAGGAGUCUUGUUCCGAAUGAGCCUUUAGGGGGCAGCAGAAACACACAAAUGUAACCCAAACCUAAUGAGACUUUGGUUUCAAAGGAUGCCGGUAGAAUAAGUGUGAGGAAAUGGUUUGCACAUUUGUAUUGUUUUUAUAGUACACGAGAGGUUUGUUUUUAACUUUACACAAAAAGAAUUUAAAAAAUUGCUGAUAAGUGCAAUAAACUGAAUUAAACUGAGGAAACAUAAAUUAUUGAUCAAAAGGUAAAUAAACCUUUUUGCAUUACAUAUUUCCAAUGGCAACACAAACACAGGCAUACAGAUAGAAUGAUACCUAUACCUCAUUGAAGUUUCAAACAACACUUUUGUUAAAUACUAAUUACAUUUUGUUACUAUGACUAAAUUGCUGUAAGUUCUAUACUUUUUAAUCUGUCAUACAUUACUCAAUUUUCUUUUAAAUGCAGGCCUGCAUGACAAAAUUAGAAAGCAGUUUUAUUUUCCUACAACGAAAAAGAAAAAUCCCGUUCAAUUCUGUUUGAUUUAACUCAGUGCCUCAUCAAUGGGACCUGCUCCAGAUUUACCAGUCUAAUUCUGUAUGCAACUAUUACAGACCCUAACACAUGACAAUCGGCCAUUUUUGAGAUGGGGCCAAUGACUGGAAUUUUAAAAACUGCUCAUAUCACAUUACAAAUUAUAUUCCAUCGCCAUUUGUAAAGAAGGGAUAAAUAAUUACAUUUACUUGACAGCUGUCACACACACACACACACACACACCCCACUCGCAACCACAAAGAACCCCCGUCUUCCUUCUCUGAAUGCGUCCAGCUCUCACUCUGGAGCAGCUGUUGAGCCAUAGGAGGUCAUUAGUUAAUUUUUUCACACCUACUCUAUUUAACACCCUGUGGUGUGCGUGCACACACACACAAAGGAAAACAUUUGCAAGCAGUGAAGGCUUAGAAAUGUAC